CGUCUAAGUUAGGGCCACGUAAUGCUUUGCUGUCAAAAGUUUAACAAAAAAAAAGGGGGGAUCAAAACCGGCAGCCUCAAGAAAAAUAAACCUAUUGGCGGGUGGUCAAAGUGAUAGUGUUGUUUAAAUUAGCUAGCAUAAAUUCAUUUAAAUAAAUUCGCCUACGAUGUUGUUCAUGACAUGGAUUGCUAGAGUAGGGGAUGGUUUACCUCUUGCCGCAUCAAUUCCCGAAGAUGAGGAGUCGGGGAGAGGAGUGCUGGAUUACCAAAACCAGGCCAAGAUGCUCUUCAGGAAAAUGAAUCAGCAGAGUCCUUCCAAAUGCACGAUUGAAACUGGACAACAUUUCUUCCAUUAUUUAAUUCAUCAAGAUGUCUGCUACCUAGUGCUCUGUGAACAAAGCUACUCUAAGAAGCUUGCAUUUUCUUUUCUAGAAGAUCUAGCUCAGGAGUUCAGUUCUCUCUAUGGGAAAAAGGUUCAGAGUGUAAAUCGCCCAUACAGCUUCAUUGAAUUUGAUACCUACAUUCAGAAGGCAAGAAGAUCGUUUAUGGAUUCUAGAACUAGACGUAACUUAACCGCUAUCAACACAGAGCUUCAAGACGUUCAAAGGAUUAUGGUUCGCAACAUCGACGAUGUCCUACAGCGAGGUAGCCUACUUUCAGAUCUGGAUAAUAAAGCACAGACGUUGUCACUCAGUUCGCAACGGUACAAGAAAGACGCCAGAAACUUGAACAUGCAAUCGACAUAUGCAAAAAUUGGUGCUGCGGCCAUAGUUUUGCUUGUUUUUGUCCUUUAUUUUUGGCGUUUAAAAAUGGGUCCUAAACUACUUCAAAAACGCAUCAGUAAUUUGCAUCACAAGCUCCUCGUUAACAGAAUUCGUGCUGCCGAUGCAAAGCAACAUGAAGCGCAGGGAAAGAAACCAAAUGAUCGUCGUUGGGAAGCACAACAUUACACCUGGAACGUUGACGACGACGAGGAAAUUCCGGGAACGGUAAGAAUCGUUCUGAGUGCAGCUGAUCCGCAGCGAACAAAGAAUCAGGUGGUGUACAGCAUCCCAGAUCGCUGUUUCAUCCCACUGAUUCCAGAAAAUUCCUCAGUUGAACUCUUUGAUCAAACGUCGUCAUCGGUUUACGUCGAGCCAACUAACGUUUCUGACACUGCAUUCAACCCCCUUGCAGAAAUUCGACAGGAAGUAGAUGCUGGAACAUCGGACGCUGACGAUACAGUCAGUGAAGCUUAUGAUGGGGAUCGUUCGAUCGACACGGCUGCUGCAUCAGGUGCUGCUGGAGCCAAUAAUACGAGCAAUGCAGCUUUAGACAGUAGCCGAAGUGAUCAUGGAGCAAUGACGGAAAGGGAAGAGGAUCCACUGGAAUUGCUGACUGGAGCUAAAUCGCUAGUUAAACGUAAAGGAGCAAAAGGAAUCAAUCAUUUCAGUUACUGUGAUCGUGCCACGCAGACAACUGUUCCACCCAUAAGAUCACACGCGAUACAGACGGAAGCUCCUCCACGUGUCUCGUUUACUGCGCUUACCAAUGCAUGGAUUAUUCACGACGCGUAUCGUCAAGAUCUUGCUGCACAGCAGCAGAAGAUUCAGCAACAAGCAUUAAUUAACAAUGCUGUGGAGGCUGUCAAUAAAGGUGGAGUACCAUCCACCACUUCUUCGUCCACAGUUCCAAUAGGUUCUGCUUCAGACAUCUCUGUAACCAUCACCACCCCAUCAGCAGCACCACCCGUUAUUUUUCAACCGACUGGUGAAACAGCUUUGAGUCCAGCAGGUGUCUCUCGCCUCGAUGCAACCGCUCACGUCAUUGAACGAAUGCUGAACCAAAAUACUUAUGACGAUAUCGCCCAAGAUUUCAAGUAUUGGGAGGAUGCAGCAGAUGAAUAUCGUGAACCUGAAGGAACUCUAAUGCCACUAUGGCGUUUCACUCCACCGGCCACGCUAUUACGUAUGUUUGAAGAGAACGGCUCGAUGCGUAACGCAGUGCCUAGUCACAUCACCGCAAUUUGUUGGAAUCCGCACUACAAGGAUCUCUUUGCCAUCGGUCUUGGAUCUCGAGACAAUAUGACAGCCGAGUCGGGAUUGGUCUGUGUGUUUUCGCUUAAAAGUCCCACUCAUCCGGAACGCUCUGUCCAACUCCAAGCUGGUGUUUCAAGUUUGGAUUUUCAUCCGGAAUUCUGGCAGCUCUUGGCCGUCGGCAUGCAUGAUGGCCAUGUCGCCGUUAUUGAUUUGACUGUGCGCAAGGAUCUCGAAACUUUUUCUAUUACUAAUUUGAUUACCUAUCGAAGUUCAGCAAUGAGGGGAAAACGGACAGUGCCCAUUACUCAGGUGAGCUGGCAUGGAGACAUGAGUGACGGCAAUUUACGACUGUUUUCCAUCUCGAUGGACGGCUGCCUUUGCUUGUGGCUCUUUGUGCAGGGUGAACUCUAUCCCACAGAAUUAACUACAUUGCCCUUCCAAGGCGACAAUCGAUUGCAAGAUAACAACUUAGGAGCCAUGGCCUUGACAGCUUCCUGCAGUUGUAUGGCCAUACAUCCAAAUCACACAAUGGUUUUGGUUGGAACGGAUCAAGGCCAGCUGUGGCCAGUUAGCAACGAAGGCGAAGUUCUCAACUGGGGACCUGUGAACGCCCACCAAGGUCCGAUUUACACCGUGCAGUGGAAUCCAUUUCACCAUCAGGUUUUUAUUACCUGCGGUACCGACUGGCUAGUUAAAAUAUGGGACCAGCGGGAGAAGGAAGCGCUGGUGGUGAUCAGUUUGGGAUCGUUCGUCGAACAUUGUGCUUUCUCUCCGUUUAGCUCGACAGCUUUUGCUUGCAUGUCGAGCAAUGGAAAAGUGCUUAUCUACGAUUUGAAUAUUUGCCUGCACAAACCUUUGUGUAGCCAGCGGAUCACCCCACAAAGAAGAGCACAACCGACCAUUUUGAGCUUUGCACCUUUCCAUCCAGUCAUUUUGGUUGGUGAUGACAAGGGUCACGUGACGUGUCUCAAAUUGUCCCCUAACCUAAGGAAAGUUAGCCGAGUUCCCGAGAGCUCCAGGACCAUCGAAGUCGAAAUGGAUAAGCUCGAACGUGUCAUUACCUUAAUGAAAAGAUAGUGUUGGAUUUUCAUGUUUUUUCUUCCAUUGUUUUUUUCUUCUUUGCAAUCUCUCUCUGCCUUGCUGGUUUGGAUUAAAAAAAAAUUCUCGUCAAGUUAAUUUGCAAUACACUACCACCAGCUAUA